AUGAACCAGCAGGGUCAAGGCUCAGGUCCUAGCGGCCAGCCGGGCGCGGGCACACCUGGACUACCAUCACAACAACUGCCGCAGCAGCAGCAGCAGCAGCAGCAACAGCAGCCAGGCACUCCGCAGCAGCAGACUGGCCAGCUCGCCGGAUUGCAGGGACAGAACGCCGGCACCCUCCAGGCUCAGCAGUACAAGGCGGCGCUGAUGCAGGCGCAGCAACAGCAGCUCCAGGCCAUGCGGGCCAACCAGGCCGCCCAGGCGCGCAACCCCGGCCAAGCUCAGCCCCGGCCUCCAAACGGUCAAGCUCAGCCACAGCCGCAGCAGCAGCCUCAGCAGCAGCAACUCCCCUUCCAGCAGCCACAGCCGCAGCAGCAGCAGCAACAGCAGCAGGGCCAGGCGCCAGGGCAGGUGCCCGGUCUACAGGGCCUGCAGGCGCUGCUACAGAACAAUCCGGAGCGCCUUGCUGCUUUCGUCAAUGCGGCGAGGGAGGGAAAGGUCAGCCAGGAGCAGCUGGCGCAGCUCCGCGUCCUGCUCGGCGCUCAUCAGGCUCAGCAGCAACAGCUUCAGCAGCAGCAGCAACAGCAACAGCAGCAGGUGCGGCCGCCUCAGCCCAAUAUGCCCCAGAUCUCGCCUCAACCGCCGCAACCACAGCAGCAGCAGCAACAGCAAGCGCCGACUCCUCAACAGCAGCAGCAACAGCAGCCCCAGGCAAACACACAGAUGGCCGAUACGAUGUUGCAGCAGGUCCAGCAGCAGCAGCAGCAGCAGCAGCAGAUGCCAAGGCCGCCGAACAUGAUGCAGCAACCACAACAGCAGCCGCAGCCGCAGCAGCCACAGCCACAGCCACAGCAGGGCAUGGCGCGGCCUCCACAGGCAGGAGCGACGGCGAAUGCUCCGGGCGCGGUCGCCAGGCCUCCGGGCACGCCAGCUGCCAACCAAGGCCCUCAGAACGAGGCUGCGCUCAUGGAGCAGUUCAACCGCUUCUCGCAGCCCAUGCGGAUGAAGGUGCAAGCGCUGGAGAACGCGCUCAAGAACCAGAACCUGACGCCCGAGCAGAGGCAGCAGUACACCAACGCGCUCAACGAGUCACGCACGCAGCUGCAGAACCUGGCCAAGCAGAUCCAUCUUCUGCGGGAAUCGAUGCGGCAGAAACAGGCUCAGGCACAGACGCAAGCGCAACAGGCACAAGCACAGACUCAGUCGCCCGCACCCGCCGGUCCUUUGUCGCAGCCUGCUCAGGCUCAGGUCACGGGGCAGCAGCAGCCGCAACAGCCGCCGCCAGGGACGCCGCAGCAGCCCGGCGGUCCUGGCGCAUCCGCACCAGGUAAGGCGACGCCACAGGCCGCAGCCACGACCGCAGCCAAGCCAAAGGCCUCGGCCAAGAAGGCUGCCGGUGGCAAGGCGGCUCCCACUCCGGGAGGAGCAGGGGCAGGCCCUGCACCUACUGUCGGCAGCGCAGCAGCUCAGGCAAUGGCGGGCACGACGGCGCCAGCAGCAUCUGCCGCACCUGUGACGAGCGCCGCCUACGGAGUCAGCGCGAUCCCUGCGACCCUCAACGUUUCGCCGACGGUGAGGCCGGAGCCGUUCCCCAACGCAGCAGGUCCGCGCCCCACCCUCACGCAGGGACUCGGCACGGCGCCGGUGCUGGGUACGCCGGCCAUCCUGCAGCGACCCAACCCGCUCGGCAACGCCAAUGGCGGUCUCGACGGCUCGGCCACCGACGGAGGCGGAGCGAUCGCUGCUGGCGAAGGCGCAUCUUCGAGCUGGGAGGAGCUGUUGGGCAUCGCAGCGCGAGAGGGAGGCAUGGCUGGCGGCGAUGGCAACGACCUGUUCGGUAUUGAUGGCGCUGCCGGCGGCCGCCCCGGUGCAGGAGAUGCUGCCGGUGUGGGCGCAGGUCUCGGGGUCGGCGGCGGGCUGGGAGCGGUCGGUGUCACGACGGCGAGUGGCGCUGGCGGCACGGAUGGGGCCGGUGCGCUGGGAGGAGCAGACGACCGACUGCUGACGAAGCGCAAGAUCCAGGACCUGAUUGGCGAGAUUGACGCCAACGAGCGGCUCGAGGGUGAUGUUGAAGAUCUGUUGCUCGAGAUCGCGGACGAGUUUAUCGAGAGCGUGACGCAGAUGGGCUGUCGACUGGCCAAGCACCGGCGCGGCGACAAGCUCGAGGUGCGGGAUGUGCAGCUGCACCUCGAGAGGAACUGGAACCUGCGCGUGCCGUUCCCUGGGUCCAUGCCGAUCCCGCCGCCGCGUGCAAAACCGUCGGCGGCCGGUACCAAGAGCGGCGGUGGCGGUGGUGGUGGCAACUGA